CACUGUCCAGUCUUUUAGCCUAUAAAACACCGUCCAGUCUUUUAGCCUGUAAAACACCAAAGUCUCUCUUUCACCCUCUUCCUUUCCGCAAAACACCGACUCAGCAAAAUCACUUUUCCAAUAAGCACUUCUCUCUCUUUCUCUCUCUUGCAUGCAACCAUAGCUAAACUAGAGAGAGAUGGUUACUGUGCAGGGAGUUUUGGUGUUGCUAAUAGCUUUUAUGGGGGUGCUUUUGGAGACUUCAUGGGCGGAAGAUCAGCUUGUAAAUGUGAGCACGUUGCAGAUGUUUGUGGAUAAACUUCCCGAUAUGCCUCUACUGAAAGGCUUUGAUGUUGUCAAUGGUGUUCCCAAACCCAAGUCAUUGAAGAUUGGCAUGUACAUGAAAACAUGGAGAUUCCACAGAGACCUUCCGGCGACGCCAGUGUUCGCCUACGGUACAAGUGAGCGCACAGCAACAGUCCCUGGUCCAACAAUCGAAGCCCUCCAGGGAAUCGAAACCUUCGUGACGUGGAGUAAUUACCUCCCUUCAGAACACAUUCUGCCUUGGGACCCGACCAUUCCCACGGCCAUACCCGCUAGUAAGAAGGGCGUCCCUACUGUGGUGCACCUCCACGGCGGCAUCCAUGAACCAGCAAGCGAUGGAAGUGCAAAGGCAUGGUUCACCGCCGAGUUCAAAGACCGUGGGCCUGCUUGGACCCAGCAAACAUAUCGAUACCGCAAUCAGCAACAACCCGGGAACCUGUGGUACCAUGAUCACACCAUGGGGUUGACCAGAGUCAACCUCCUCGCUGGCUUGAUCGGGGCCUACAUUGUCUGUCAACCGGAAGUCGAGGGCCCGCUUCGACUUCCGAGUGGCGAAUUUGAUCGAACGCUGGUCGUGUUUGAUCGGAGCUUUCGCACCAACGGUUCGAUAUACAUGAAUUCUACUGGAAACAAUCCCUCCAUACACCCGCAAUGGCAGCCGGAAUAUUUUGGUGACGCAAUUAUAGUGAAUGGGAAGGCGUGGCCGCAAUUGAAGGUACGACGUCGUAAAUACAGGUUCCGAAUUAUCAACGCCAGCAAUGCGAGAUUCUUCAAAUUCUUCUUCACCAACGGUCUGGGAUUUAUCCACGUGGGGUCUGAUUCAGUUUACCUUGGGAAACCGGUGGAGACCAAGGACUUUUUGCUGGGGCCAUCUGAGAUCACAGACGUGGUGGUUGACUUUUCCAAGUCUGAGAAUGCCAAUGUUACCCUAGCCAAUGAUGCUCCGUAUCCUUACCCAUCGGGUGAUCCCGUUAACGAUGCCAACGGUAAGGUCAUGCAGUUUUUGAUUGCUGACCGUUCAGAGCUAGACCCAUCGCGCGUUCCGUCAACGUUAAUUCAGUACCCCGUCCCUGAUCUAUCAAGUGCAUCGCGCACACGAUACAUCACAAUGUACGAGUACGAGAGCAACACUGGUGACCCGACACAUCUUUAUUUGAACGCGAAACCUUUCGACGCACCGGCGACGGAGAUUGUGAAAGCAGGGACCAGCGAGGUGUGGAACGUGAUCAAUCUGACGCAGGACAAUCAUCCGUUACACAUUCACUUGGGACUGUUCGUUGUAUUCGAACAGCGGGAGUUGGUGAAUGAGGAGGAGUUUAAAGAUUGCAUGAAUAAGCUGAAUGAUGCCGUCAAGUGCCAAAUAAGCAAGUAUGCACGUGGCAAAACUGUAGAGGUGCCAGCUCACGAGAAAGGGUGGAAGAACGUUUUCAAGAUGAGACCCGGGACUGUGACAAGGAUACUGUUGAGGUUGGCUUACAUACACUCGAAUGCAUCGUAUGAGUUCGAUCCUACGGGGGAGCCUGGCUACGUGUACCAUUGCCAUAUCUUGGAUCACGAGGAUAAUGUGAUGAUGACCCUUGAAACUUGUCCAUUGAAAAGGUUUACCGGAUACCAAGUGAUAUACAGUCGGUUCCACAACAAAAUCUCUCCAACGAGAGCCACCCGUAGAUAAAAGUGUUGGUGCAUUUUUAAAAUAAAAUAAAAAAAUUAUAAUUGUAAUUAAGUGUUGUUAAUUAAAAAAUAAAAUGGUGUCAUUUUCUCUAACUCUUGUAACUUUUGUCUUGUUAAUUUGUGUUUAUUA